GUGACGUCACCGCGGCAAGGUUCUCCCCCCCACCACCACCACCCCUCCCCCUCGUGUAACGGGGGCCGCAAGGGGACAAAGAGGAGAGAAACGCGUUUCGCCCUGCGGGUCGCUGUCCAAGUUGCACACCGGACUUGCUGCUGAAGGUGGCUGCGCGCACGUGGUGGGAAAGCGAAGGGCGCGAGACGCGGGAUCGUCCUGCCGACAGUGAGGAAGGCACUUUGGAAUCACCUCUCCCGUCGUCGUGAUCCUCAUCAUCAUCGUCGUCGUCUUCAGCUUUUUUUCUCCCCAAGCUCUUGGAACAACAACAACAACAACAGCCUCGCUUAAUUCCAAAAAACGUGUCGCACUUUGUAGGUUAUUACAACUUCGGUGAGCGCCGUUUGUUGCUGGCCACUCGGCACACCGCGCGAUUCGAAGAGGACGGGACCACUUUCGAACGCUUUUCUUCAUAAAAUUCCCGGAGGAGAUUCCACAUUGCCGUGCCGGGGACCGUGCAUCGCCGCUGCCGGUGGUGACCCGCGGACUCGGCUCCAAAAAGCAAACGACAAAUCAACUCCUCCUCCUCCUCGUCAUCUCCUCUUCCUCAUAUUUACCAAAACCUGAACGGAGAAGACCGGACGGAGCCUCGCACAUAAGCAACCGAACCAAUCCAGCACCUCCGUCUCCACAUCCUCCUCCUCCUCCGUCUCCACAUCCUCCUCCGUCUCCACAUCCUCCUCCUCCUCCGUCUCCACAUCCUCCUCGCUCCGCUGUGUAAACGUCCACGCGGCGGAGGCCCGAACACCUCCUCCUCCUCCUCCUUUCAAUCGAUAACAUUUAUUUUUUGUUGUUGCUCAAAUCAAACGAAAUCGGAUCAGCACGCGACUGUCGCCAGUGGAACCGACGUCCUCCACCGCCACUACCUCCUCCUCCUCCUCGUCCUCCUCCUCAUCCUCCUCCACCGCCUCCUCCUCCUACUCGCCCUCCCUCCCUGCCGCUGCCGCGAGCCAUGAAGCUCCAGUACAGCGUGCCGUCGGCCUUCCUGCUGCCCUUCCAGCUGCUGACGGCCGUCUACACGGCCGUCGCCUUCCUGCCCUGGUACCUGCUGACGGGCGCCCGCGAGCGCCUGGCCAGGGCCCGGCGGACGAAGGCCGCGGCGGCGAGCGGCGACCCCGCGGGGCCGUGGCGCGCCAUCGGGCGCGAGGGCGGGCUGUCGAGCGCCGGCUUCGACGACGCCGCCACCCUGGACCGCUUCUUCCUGCGCGGCGUGAGGGGUCACGCUGAGCGCGACUGCCUGGGCACGCGCCAGGUGCUCAGCGAGGAGGACGAGCGGCAGCCCAACGGACGCGUCUUCAAGAAGGUGAUUCUGGGUGACUACCGCUGGAUGUCGUUCCGUGAGCUGGACACGCGUGCCGAGAACUUUGGCCGGGGCCUGGUGGCGCUGGGCCACGAGGCCCGGCGCCCCGUGGCGCUCUUCUGCGAGACGCGGGCCGAGUGGAUGCUCGUCGCACAGGCCUGCUUCAAGUACAACUUCCCCGUUGUGACGCUCUACUCCACGCUGGGCACGGACGCCGUGGUUCACGGUCUCAACGAGUCGGAGGUCACCAUGGUGAUCACCAGCUGUGAGCUGCUGGGGAAAACUCUCAAGGGGGUGCUGUCCCGCAUGCCACGUGUCACCCACAUCGUCCACGUGGACGCCCGCCCCCCCGCGCGGAGGGGAGGGGCGGGGGGGGCCCCCCCGUCGUCGCCCGGGGCCUGGGACCCCACCCCACCCCCUGGGGUGUCGCUGCUCAGCCUGGAGCACGUGGAGCAGCUGGGGGAGCAGAACCCACGGAUGGCGGAGCGACGGUGCCCGCCCAUGCCCUCUGACCUCGCCGUGGUGAUGUACACGAGCGGCUCCACGGGGAUGCCCAAGGGAGUGAUGAUGUCACACGCCAACCUCAUCGCUGGCAUGUCCGGGCAGUGCGAGAAGAUCCCCGACCUGGGGCCGGACGACAUCUACAUCGGAUACCUGCCGCUGGCACAUGUCCUGGAGCUGAGCGCGGAACUCUCUUGCCUCUGCUACGGCUGCCCCAUUGGAUACUCCUCCCCGCUCACGCUGUCCGACCAGUCGAGCAAGAUUAAGAAGGGAAGCAAGGGCGAUGUCAGUGUCCUGAGACCCACACUCAUGGCAGCUGUCCCGGAGAUCCUGGACCGCAUCCACAAGUCGGUGCUGGCACGUGUGCAGGGCAUGAGCGCACCCCAGCGGGCCCUCUUCAAACUCGCGUACAACUACAAGCUGGACCAGGUCAGCAAGGGCUACGACGCCCCCCUCUGCAACUGGCUGGUGUUCCGCAAGGUUCGCGCGACGCUGGGGGGCCGCGUGCGGCUGAUGCUGUCGGGGGGCGCUCCGCUCUCCCCCCAGACGCAGCGCUUCAUGAACGUGUGCUUCUGCUGCUCGGUCGGGCAGGGCUACGGCCUCACUGAGACGUGCGGCGCCGGCACCAUCUCCGAGGUGUGUGAUUUCAGUACGUGCCGUGUGGGAGCGCCACUCAGCUGCUGUGAGAUCAAACUCAGAGACUGGGAAGAGGGAGGGUACCGUGUGACCGACCGGCCAUACCCGCGGGGAGAGAUCCUGGUGGGAGGAGGCAACGUUGCCGUGGGUUACUACCGGGACGAGCGCCGCACCGCCGAAGACUUCUUCACCGAGCCGGCGAGCGGCCAGCGCUGGUUCUGCACCGGCGACAUCGGUCAGAUGCACCCAGACGGGUGCCUGCAGGUCAUCGACCGCAAGAAGGACCUGGUGAAGCUACAGGCAGGCGAGUACGUGGCGCUGGGCAAGGUGGAGUCGGCGCUGAAGAACUGUCCCCUGGUGGACAACAUCUGUGCCUACGCCAAUAGCGAGCAGGCGUACGUCAUCGGCCUGGUGGUGCCCAACCGCGUGCGCCUGACGCAGCUGGCGGGCCGGAAGGGCGUGUGUGGCUCCUGGGAGGAGGUGUGCAACAGCCCCCUGCUGGAGGCCGAGGUCCUGCAGGAAAUCCGCGACAUGGCCGUCAAAGUGAACCUGGAGCGCUUUGAAGUCCCGCGCAAGGUCCGUCUGAGUGCCGAGGCGUGGACGCCCGAGACCGGGCUGGUGACGGACGCCUUCAAGCUGAAGCGCGUGGCACUUCGCACGCACUACCAGCACGACAUCGAGCGCAUGUACGCCGCCAAGUGAUGCACGCGCAGACACGUGUACACGCGCGGACACGUGUACACGCGCAGACACGUGUACACGCGCAGACACGUG